GGAAUGAAAUAACAUAAACGCCUCCCUUUCGAGUGAGAUCCACAGAGCGCAAAUCCCUGCGCAGAUCUCCCAGUGACUGUCCCUGGCGCUGAUGUGGACGCACACGCCGAAUCCUGUAGACCUGCCUCAAGAACGCACAGUCGAGUCCACAAGAUGCGCACCAGACGCCACAGCUUGGGAGGAGCUUCGGGAUUUUCCCCCUUGUUUCACGCCACUCUCGAGUGAAGACCCGCUUACAAAAGGAGAUAUAGGGGGAAAGGUGUUGGCACAGCCUUGAUCUGGCAUCUCCCGAUAAAAUGAGCCCACCAGACACAUCCAACAGCACAGAGGAAGGGGAGGCUGGUGAAACCGAUACCUCGAAUCUAUUAAACGACAGCAUGGGUUUACACCCACCUGGUUUCCGCACUGACAUCACCAAGCACCUUGGAGUCCAGAUCACCCUGAUAACAGCUUACUCUCUAAUUAUUCUGCUGGGGCUGCUGGGGAAUGCUCUCGUCAUCUACAUGAUUAUUCGCUACAGGAACAUGAGAACAGUGACAAACUUCUUCAUAGCUAACCUGGCCCUGGCAGACCUCCUGGUGAACACUCUCUGCUUGCCCUUCACUCUGGUCAACACUCUGUUAGACGAGUGGAAGUUUGGGGCUGUGUUGUGCCACAUGCUGCCCUUUGCCCAGGCCCUGAGUGUGCAAGUAUCCGUCUUUACCAUGACUGUCAUCGCUCUGGAGCGCUACCGCUGCAUCGUCUUCCACCUUGGUCGGCGCCUCACAUGGCACUCCAGCUUCCUCAUCAUGGCAUUAACCUGGACUAUGUCUGCAGUCUUGGCAGCACCCCUGGCCAUCUUCAGAGAGCACCGCAAUGAAGAGAUACCUCCCAUCAACCUGCGAAUGGCUGUCUGCUCUGAGAAGUGGCCCCACGGGAUCAGCAGGGGUGGACUCAUCUACAGCCUCUCAAUGCUGCUCCUACAGUAUAUCAUUCCUCUAGCCAUCAUUAGCUAUGCCUACAUCUGCAUCUUGGUCAAACUGAAGAAUCACGUCAGUCCAUCCAGCAGAAACGACAGCAUCAACCGCCGCAAAAACACCACCAAGAUGUUGGCGCUGGUGGUGGUGGUGUUUGCAAUCUGCUGGCUGCCGUUCCACGUGUUUCAGCUUGCCAGUGAUCUGGACCUGGUGCUCAGGUUUAACGAAUACAAACUUAUAUACACAGUGUUCCAUAUUGUGGCUAUGUGUUCGACUUUUAUCAACCCUCUGCUGUAUGGGUGGAUGAAUAAAAACUACCGGAAUGGCUUCCUUAUGGUCUUCCGUUGCGAGGAUAAGCCAGAGUCUUUCCACCCAGAGGGCUCGUUCAGGACGCGCUCCAUAAGAGGGCUGUCUCUGAAUGGUCGUAAUGGUGGGCAGCCUCCCACUGCUGUAUGAGAUAACAGAAUUUAAAAACCCUGUAGAGUAUAACUGAACACAUUGAACGCACCUCUGGUUUGUGGUGCAUGUGGUUCAAAAGUAGCCUUUUGACUUGAAUGGCCUGAUCUUGAGUAUCUAUGCCACUGGAGACGGCUCAAGGCUUUGCAUGUAAAUCGCUUUAUGUAAGGUUCUUCUUUCCUUUGUGACAGUACUGGUGAAAAUACAUUUGUCGAACUUAUUCAAAUAUGUGUUGAAGAUGUUUACUAAGGUGUUUAAUAACUUGGUACAAUGUAUAAUGUGUUCUCUGUAAAUGCUGAGCUCUUGUUGGUAAGUAGUGUCCAAUGAAUUAUGCACUCCACUGCAUACAUUUGCCCAUGUGAGGCUAUUAAUGUGUUCAUACUUACUGAAAGUAAGAUGGUGAAUACUGUGACUGUGAGAACAAGUUAAAUUUUUUGCACUUGUUUUUCUAUUUGAUGCCUGUUCAAAAACAUUUGGAUGAUUUUUCCCCUAAUUAAUCCAAAUUCUGCGUUUUUGGAUUAAUUACAGUGUUCUAGCAGGGUAAUGUUCAAUCCUUAUCCAAGGAAUCCAGAGGAGGCUACCGCUGAUUGUCUAUCCAACCAGGAAGUUAAUUGUGUUCACCUGGCAACCAGCUGUUCCUGAUCAGAUGGAAUCUGAUCAAAGGAAUGGGAUUGAAAACCACUGAACUGUGUGAAGUGAGGGCAACAGGUUCUUUAUAUCUUCAUCACAGAAUGAGGGCAGCUGCUUUGAGGAUAUGUUUAAAAAAAGGCUUUGGAGGAAGUCAUAACAUGGUGUUCUAUAUUCAUUACACUUAGCUGAUAAAGUGUCCUUUGCUGGUUUUCUUUUCAUAAGGGAAACAUGAACACUGUUGAAAUGAUAGGGGGUCUGGGCACACAUAUUGAGCCCCUACUGUACACAAAGUUCCCAGAGUUCAUUUGACAUUCAGGAGAAAUUAUGUUUCAUGCCUCAAUGUCAUUUUGAGACAUUUCAAUUGUGGCAUAUUACAAAAUGUAUUGAACACUGACACCAUAUGUAGACUACUCAGAACUUAUGGGGAUAGUACUUGGUCCAUGUACUGUGGUGCAUAUACCCUGCAUACUUAGGGUAAUACAGGAAAAAUAAACUUCUGUUCCCUGAACUUGACAGCUGGAAAAUCCAUCUAUAGAUGGGGAGACAGAGGGAAAAUAGAAGCAAUCAAAGUGUUUUUCAAAAUACAAAGGUGAGAUUAAACAAAGUUACACAUGUUAACUUUCAGACUUGACUUUGAACAAAACCCAGGGGGUCCAAUAACAUCCAAUAAAGCAUUUAAUGAACAAGCAGACAAA